GUUAACUUCCGGGUCGUAAUCCCCGCAGUUGCUAGCCCAUGAUGUAUUUUUUGUAGCCGAUAAUUCCUACUUUUAUCCAUUUUUUAAUCUACCCUGGAGCCGAAUGAGGUCUUAUUCGGGAAGAAAUAUGUGAAAAUAAAGGAGGAGGAAGGUUGAAGCUCCCGUGCUUUUCUUCCACUUCGACUCAAUGUUUGUAAACAUGGAAACAAAAAGAGCUGAUAUCCCGACUGGUUUACUGGACGACCUCUGCAGUCGGUUCAUCCUGCACAUUCCCAGCGAGGAAAGGGACAACGCUAUCAGGGUUUGCUUCCAGAUUGAGCUGGCACACUGGUUUUACCUGGACUUCUGCUUGCCCAACACACCAAACGCUCCUCACUGUGGCAUCAGAGACUUCGCCAAAGCUGUUUUCCAGCACUGUCCAUUCCUGUUGCCCCAUGGAGAGGACGUGCAGAAAGUCCUGGAACAGUGGAAGGAGUACAAGAUGGGUGUUCCCACUUACGGAGCAAUCAUUCUUGAUGAGUCAUUAGAAAAUGCACUCCUUGUUCAGGGAUACCUUGCAAAGUCAGGCUGGGGGUUUCCCAAAGGGAAAGUGAACGAAGACGAAGCACCACAUGAUUGUGCUGUUCGUGAAGUGUUGGAGGAGACAAGCUUUGACAUCAAGAAUCGUAUUUGCAAAGAUAUGUACAUUGAGCAGAAAAUUACUGACCAGGUGGUGCGGCUCUACAUCAUCCCAGGAGUAUCCAAGGAUACAAAGUUCAAUCCUAAAACUAGAAAGGAAAUUCGGAACAUUGAAUGGUUCCCGAUUGAGAAGCUGCCAUGUCACAGGAACGACAUGACCCCAAAGUCCAAACUUGGACUUGCCCCCAAUAGAUUUUUUAUGGCCAUUCCAUUCAUAAGGCCAUUAAAGGAAUGGAUUGCUAGGUUGAAAGGUGAGAGUCCAGACAGUGAAGAAGACUUGGCAACCAAUGGCAGCACUCCAGGAAAGCCAUCAGACAAUGCGGGAUCAAAAUUUGGGCACCUCACUGUUGAAGUAUUUACAGGAGACAGCUGCAGCAAACAGAAGCAGCAGAAAAACCCAAGUCAGCUGAUCCACUAUGAGCUGAACCAGAAUCAAUACUUAAAAGGCAUUGGGAAGAAUUCAUCUUAUCCAAAGAAAGGAAACGAUGAAACUGGAUUUAACAGCCAGCACGUCAAAGUAUUUGCAAAGGAAGAAAAACGGCUUCAUCCCAGAAGACUGCAAGACAGUUUUGAGAAAGACGGGAGUCCAUGCAAUUCUCGUAGUGGUCUGCAUACAGCCCACCUAAAAGACUUGGAUCACCUGCUGUCGUCCAACACGUUCCUUCAUUUUAAAUUUGACAAAGAUGCCAUCAUGAGAUGUUUUGACUUCUGACGUUCUACCUAUACUGCAGUGUGUUCUCUCACAACACUCCACUUUUUUCUUCACACCACCUUUCCAUGAAGUUUAAAUUGCAGUCAGGCCUCACUGCACCUGUUGUGUCAAACUUUUCACAACACCGAGAGCCUCGAGUUCAAUGUUCCUUUGUGAAAGGGAAAUGACAAUUGAUGAAAUGUUUGCUUCUUUCUCUUCACACACCAUGGAUGAUUAGAUAGAACAAAGUAGCUACCACUUCAUUGGCAAAUACCGUAAGAGCUUAUCCACUAAUGUACAAUGAAUUUAUUUUAUUCAUGGAAGUAUUAAGAUAAUUGAUGUUGAUAGUAAUCAUUAAUAUUAUGAUAAUAAGUAAUGCAAUUAUUGUUAUGGUAGCAUGUAUUAGUACAGUCAUACAUGUUAAAAUAAUAAUGCAAUAAAAAUGUAAUAUUUUUUACUAUGGACACGGUAAUUACGCUUAGUUAUACACACUUUUGUACUUUUAUAGAUAAAUGACAAUCCAUCCAUCUGUGUCUUUCAUUGCACUUGUCCUUAUUAUAGGUGAGCUGGAACCUAUUCUAGCUGACUGGGUGAGAGUUGGGGGACACCCUGGAGUGGUCACCAGUCUUAUCACAGGACACAUAUAGAACGGAAAAUAAAUAUUUUAUCCUCUGGUGAUUUAAUAGGUUUGCACCCAUACGAAGAUAUGAACAGUAACUUUGGUUUUUAAGUUCCCUCCUUUUACAGUGUUAUCCAAAUCCUAGUUUUGAGGCUGUUGUUUGGCAAGACAAAGUUUUGGAUUUUUUAAACCUUCUAUAUCGCUGUGUUAAAGCAUAUAUAUUGACCAUAUCUUUUUAAGGACAAACUUGUUAAAACAAAUACUUACUGUCCCUACUAAUCGGGCCUCGUUUUUACGACAUUAAGUGUUUUAUUUAAUGGGGUUACAUUUCAUGCUAUGGCAUUUUAAGCUUAGAGUGCUCUCCAGUUAAUCAUUAUCAGUGUACAAAAAGAAGUACAUACACGCUGUGGAUAAAUACUUGUGCUUGGAAUUUCUGUAUAGUUUCUGCUAUGAGACCUAAAGUGCUAAUAUUACGCUCACGUUUUAAGAGCAUGCUACGUUAGCCUCUUCCUGAAGACAAAGAACAUUUUAAAACAUACAACUCCCAAGUCUGAGCUGACUGAGCUUACUUUUAAAGGAGUACUGCACUGUGGAAGUCGCUUCCUAGCGGUCCCACUGUCAGACACGGCACAGGAGCCCAGCGUGCAGGUUUUAACAAAGUUUUAAUAAUCAAUGGUUUCAAAAAAGUUCUCUCUCCACCAGGACGCGACUUUCCGGUCACGUCCGUAUCCUCUCUCUCCCUCUGCUCCCGGCCGCUUACUGUUAAAGAUAACAGAUGAUUAGAUUAACACGUACCACCUGUGAAAUCUAAUCACCUGCCAGCUGUGUCUCGCCAUCAGCACUGCCACGCCCCCGUCUGAUGGUGCUCUGUCCUCAGCACCAUUGACAGAGGCGGUGACCUUUGCUCCUGCAGGCAGCGCUGACAACAUCUGCCUCCACAUGCACUUUUUCACAAUCAUUAUGAAAGACAUGACAAGCGGUAUAAAAUGGAUGGAUGGAUGACCACGGAGGUAUAUUUUGUUAUGCAUUCUAACUCGAAAAUAAAUGUAAAAAGUCUGCUUACAAUAAAUGUACAAUAAAUGCCUACAAUAAAUAAAAUACAAUGUGAAGUCCUCUAUUCCGCCCAUAAAAUCCGAUAACCAUCCAAAAAACAUACAGUAUAUACUUACAUCAUGUAUAUAAAACCUUAGUGAAGGUGUUGGGAUGUUUUUUAAAGGGCUAUAUAGAGCGACUGUUAUAGGCUACAAUAUAAGCAGACUUUUGAUCGCAUUUUAGAAUGCAUUAAAAAAAAACUGUUCUUGUCGUACAUAAGGAUUGUGAAUGAUAAGCAAAAUUCCGCCCAAUAGUGCAGUUCCCCUUUAAGAUGUGUAGUGAAGCCUCUGAAUUGGUGGGCGGGCUCAUCUAGUUAGGGUUGGGUCAUUGAUGGUAUACAGUAGUGUCCAUGAGCUGUUUGUAUGGAGGAAAAGGGGACGCUAUAGACAGUGCCUUUAAGGCACACCCCCUAUAUUGUUGUAUGGGUGGAAAUUGGGAGAAAUUCGGGAGAAUGGUUGCCCCGGGAGAUUUUCGGGAGGGGGGCACUGAAAUUCGGGAGUCUCCCGGGAAAAUUGGGAGGGUUGGCAAGUAUGCCCACCACUUCAUCAUUAGCCAGUUCAUUAAACUUUUUGAACUGAUCUCUGCCGUUGUGUCAUCUCCUUCCCCCGCUGUACGUAACACUAGGGCCAAUUCUGUACAUAGGGGGGACAAAGGUGGACAGGGUGAAAACCUUUAAAUUCCUCUGGACCCAUAUCAGCAAGGACCUCACCUGGGAUCACAACACCCAACAAACAAUAAAGAAAGCCCAGCAGCGACUGUACUUCCUAAGAAGGCUGAGAAAAUUUGGCAUGCCACCCAAAAUUCUCAGCAACUUCUAUAGAAGUACGGUUGAGAGUGUCCUUACCAGCUCAAUCACGGUCUGGUAUGGAAACUGCACUGCUAAGGACAGGAAGGCACUCCAGCGAGUGAUUAAAACUGCUCAGUACAUAUUAGGAGCAGCCUUCCCCUCACUACAGGACAUGUACUCUACCAGGGCCACCAGGAGAGCACACAACAUCAUAAAGGACAGUACACACCCCCAGCACAGUCUCUUCAGCCUCCUACCAUCAGGCAGACGAUACAGGAGCCUGAAAUCCAGGACUACGAGACUGACAAACAGUUUCUACCCACAGGCCAUCAGGCUUAUGAAUGCUAACAUGUGAAUGCUAGCCCCCCCUGUUUUACUUUUACUUUUAUCUUUUUGAACAAAAGACAGCUACCAUGACCACCCCCGAACUGUGAACCAUCACUGUAGACACUUUUCACUUUUGAUCACGAAAGACACUUUAACUGCUGCUGUGACCAAAUGUCACCUCCAUAUUUAUACUGUUGACUGUCAAUCAGAAUGUGCAAUAAUGUUAUGUUACUUACUGUGCCUUGUAUAUACAUUUUUAUAUGUAUUUUUUAUUUUUAGCUAAGACUUGUUGAAGCGUGGACU